UUUUUGCAACUUUAAUUAACAAUAUUUAAAUUUAAAUAAGUUUAAUUAUUAUAGUUAGUGAUACGGUACACGAAUUAGGCUUAAGUAAGAGUGAAAGACUGAUAAAAAAAUUGUGACAAGGAGGAAAUCAGUAGAGCAAUUAAAGUUUAACUUUAGUCGUGUUUUGCUCGUGGGACGGACAAGAUGAUGUCAUUCAUGCAGUGACGAAGGGAUGAUGUGAUUUUAAAUAAUUUUAUUUAAAGUGACAGACAAUUAGUGAUUGUGAAAUUUCCGAAAUUUUCAGCAAGUUUCUGUGUUCAUUCAUUCAUAAAUUUGUGAGCGAGCGAAAUGAUUGAGCAUUUAAUUCGUAAAUAUGCCACGGAUUAAGUAAAUAGAGGAAGAUAAGGUCUAAUCGGGGUGAGUAUCAGGAUCAGGGAGCGAGAGAGAGAGUUAGUAGCAGGCAGAGUGUGGUUAUCAUCAAAUUUCGUGCAAGGUGGAUAAGGACGGACGGCGAGGAGGGGAGGGAGCCAGGCGUGCGUAGGCGUAUUGUUGUUUAAAAUAGUGCUCAAUUAAAGUUAGAAUUAAUUAUGAAGAAGAUUAAACAGUUUGCGAAUAAUGCGUUCCGGCCGGACCGGACCGAAGUGUUGACCGAAAGUUUGCAAGAGGCUGAAAAACGCAUCGACCAAAUCAAAGUGACGUGCGAAACGGUUGCGAAAAAAGUGCACGAUUGUCUUCAAGGGAGAGGAAAAGAUGCCGGGAUUGAUAAGCGCAUUAGAAAAGUUCCCGAAUUUCUGUUGGGAUCCGCCAUGAUAACGAACGGGAAGAAUUUUGGAGACGGAUCUAUUCUCGGGGAGGUGUUAGCAGAGUCAGGUCAGAUCGAGAUGAAGUUGGGUCAAGCUGUUGUCGAGUACGAGGUGCGGAUCGAGGAAUCCAUCCUCAAACCGCUCUCCGCCCUUCUUGAGAAUGACCUCCCCUCAAUUUACAAACUCAAACGACAACUCGCCAAGUACACGACGGACAUGGACGUCGCGAGGGGCAAACUCACCACUGCAAAUCGCCACUCCACCCUCUCCACCCUUGGUCAGCCCACGAAUAACAAGGCCGAUUCCAUCCGUGAAGAGUAUGAAGAAGCGCUGGGCAAGGUGGAGCAGUGUCGAGAUAACUUGGCUGCCGAAAUGUACGCCCUGAUCGCCCGAGAGUCUGAGAUAUCUCGUCUGAUCGUGGACUUUUUGACAUCACAAAAGGACUACCAUGCCUCCGUGUUUGCCAUCUUGUCCGAGUUGAUAUCGAACGUGGAGACGUGCGUUGCGUCCUCCACACAUAAACCGGUUUACGGAGGGGACUUGGAAGAACAUCUCCGCUCGUCGGGGCGUACCAUCGCGUAUCCUUUGGAGCUCUGUGUUUGUGGCCUGCUCGAGACCGCGUUGGAGGAGGAGGGUUUGUUCAGGAUUGCUGGGAGUACAUCGAAGGUGAAGAAGUUGAAGAGCGCAUUUGACGCGACCUUGAUGGACCUUGAGGCUCUACUCACAGAGUUUUGUGACCCUCACGUCAUCGCCAACGCACUAAAAUGCUACCUACGCGAACUCCCCGAACCACUCCUCACCUUCCCACUCUACUCAGACUGGAUGAACGCCAUCAGGAUCCAGGACUCUACACAGCGUCAAGAAGCAUUGUGGGUCGUCUUAAAGAAACUACCGACCCCGAACUACGACAAUCUGCGCUACCUCGUCAAGUUUCUACGCGAGCUAAGCAACCACCAAGAUGCCAAUAAAAUGUCCCCCGCCAACAUUGCCAUCGUCAUUGCGCCAAACCUUCUCUGGUCGCAGCCACCCCCGACAUCUUCCUCCGAUGACGGCUCUUCCCUCGGGGACAACAGCCAAAUGGGGUUGAACAUGACGAUGACGCAUUUAUACAGCUCUCUGCUCGAACAGUUAAUCUCCAACUGUGGAUACUUCUUCCCUGACGAACUCGACUUCUUCAUAACCUGCACCAAACCAGCCCCACCCGAGCAACAGCACGAUUCUGCCGACACCCGUCAUCACACCCGAGGCCUCUCCAACGGUGGGACACACCACCCCUCCGAACACGACUUCCUCUCCGACAUGAAACGCUCCGUGUCCAACUCUUCCAUGAACUCGAACGACGAUCCCAACUCAUCCCCACCCGGCUCCAGUCCAAAACCAAUCAUCCGCCGGAAAAAUAAACCCGCCCCGACGCCACCCACCGUCAAAAACGCCGCGAAUAAAAAUCCCCUCGCAAAUAUGAAACCUUUCAGUGGGGCGUAUCCCGUCUCGCCGGUGUCCUCGACACCACCCGGAAAUCAUAAAACGGGGAGCAUCAUCGAAACUAAUAAACUUAUCUCGAAAGAGAAACGUGAAGGGGUUUGGAUUCCGCCCAGCCCGAAAGACACUCAGCGGAGACGGUUCGACAAUAACGCGCCACCCGCAAAACCACCCCCGCCAGAUUCCAGCCUUGUCGCGAAACAGAAAUGGAUGUCGGCAGAGAAUCAAAAUCAGGGUCAAGGUCAACCACCCCCAAAACCAGAGUCACCGCUGAGAUACAAGUCCUCAUUUAAGGCGAGCAAUAGCAUCGAAGGGGGAAAGAGUGGGGGUGGAGGUACUAGCAACACUACGGAUAACCUUGGAAUUGGGCCGGGUGGAACUGGUGGUGCAACCGGAAAUGGAUCUAUUGCCAAUAACUUUGCCAGUUUGCCGAGACACUUUCAUACGGAGCAUUCACAUAAAAAUAAAGCCACGCCGCCAGCCAGACCGCCGAGUAUGUUUGGGAUUCCGCCCCCCGCUCCGCCGACGACGGCGGUCGUAGAGAAGGAGAAAGUUGGUGUCGCACCAGUCCCAGAAUAUCAAGCUCCCGCAGUAUCACUACCCGUUCCUGUGACGGGAGGAUGCAUCGGGUUUGAAAAGCUGGCGGCCGAAGUGAGGAAAGAGUCGUCGACGUCGACAUCAUCCUCUGGCGAAGAUGAAAGUAGUAGUGUCAAACCCGCAAGUGUGACGGUGGCAGAUCCACCAUUUCAGAGACCGAUACCCGCCCCGAGGUCGAGUUUGUUAAUGCAGAGUCAGAGUUUUAAGGAAGGCACGACCAAUUCGAAUAAUUCGGAGUCCAACGCGAUAAAAGAGCAAAAUCUUGAGGGAAAAGAUACCAAUUCUGACCCGGCGAUGGCAAGGAAAUUUAUGCAACCGGAUAAACCCUCCAUCAUGGCCAAACCUCGGGACCUCUCACGUCGAAAUUUGAGUAACAACUCUUCCACCGGAAGCCAAUCCGACCUCGUCGAACCUAUCAUGUCUUCCGCACCACCACCCACAGCACCAGCACCUAGUCAUAGUCAACAUCACGAGAACGAAGACGCACAACACGACAUCAACGUUGAACCCUCCACCCAACAAACUAAUAACGGUGUCGCAAAAUUCGCAAAUUCUUCAUCUUCCAUAUUACCUCCACUUUCUUCGCCUACGGGAAAAGGCGGGUCUUUUCCGAACCGUCCUCCACGCCCACAUCCACCCGCUCCCCCGCCAAAUUCGACAUCAUCAGUUGCACCAAAGACGAGUCGAGAGUCGACAGAUUUGUGAUCGUCGGCAUCCACAUAUUUUGUCCAUUUGUGUUAUUAUCCACUUCCGGUUGACGUUUUAUAAUGUCUUGUCUGAGACCUGACCUGUGAAAUGAGGACGAAAAACCAAAACUUUAUCAUUUUAGGGAAGCAUUUUUCAAUAAUUUUCAUCAGUCACGUGCACAACAAUCCUUAAUUUGUACCUGUAAAAUUAUUGCUAAUUUCUUAUUUUUUUCCAUUCGAGUUCAUUCGCGUAUAAUUUUUGCACACUUAUUUCCACACGUUUUCUAUUAUUUUUUUGCAAUUGCAAAAUCUUGUCGAUUUAAUCUUGUCAUUUUUACGUGUUGAUUGAUGUGUUUCUUUGUAUUUACAUAAUUCCAUUAUUAUUAUUUUGUUCUUUCGGGUUUUUUUUUGGUUGUUAAUUACAUGAAAAAAAUUGUAGAGACUGCAUUUUUGGUUGGGAAAAGUAAUUAAUAAUUUAAUAUAAUUAUCCAUUAGUUUACGUUACGUUAAAUAUUUAAAUAAUUUAACUACUUUAAUUAUAGCCCAGUUUUGUGUUUAGAUUAGAAAUUGACUGAAGUUUUAUGUUUAAAAUCUGCAUUUAUCUUUUUUUCUUUUUCUCCAUCCGGUCAUGUUAGAUUCGAGUGAAAGUUGUGCCUUUUAAGCAACCACUGCUUCAAAAAAUCGUAAUUAUUACAUACACGAACAGAUCCUUAACCACGUAUUAAUCACUAAUUAAUCAAUAGUUAGCUAAGAAAAAAACUUAACGAAAAUUAUGAUGAGAAACAUAUCGUGUUUUUAAUUUCUGGGAAGAUUUCUGGGAUAAGUAUUAAAUUUAGUGAGACGAGCUACCAAAAAAAAUCAAUAAUCAAUCACCACUUAAUUGCCAAAUAAUAACCAAUCACCAAAACCAAAAUCGAAGUGUAUUUAACCUGCCGAAAAGAAAUUUGCUACAUUUACAUAGCAUUUAUUAUGAAUUUAUGAAUUAAUUAACUAUUGAAUUUAAAUUGUUCUUAAUCGUUCCUGAAAACAGUAAGUGAUUUUUACCUGAGAAAGAAAGUAGAAAAGUGAUUAAAAUUUGAUAAUUAUCUUUAAAAAACUAUAUUCCUUAAUUGAUAUUAUUUAAUUAAUUAAUUGGCUUAUGUAUUUAACUUAUAGGUGUAAAAAGUGCACCUUAAUUAAAAUUGAGUUAUUAUGUGGGUGUCUGUAGGUAAUUACCUAUUUUACUUUCCAAAAAAUCAACUGAGAUUUAGAAAUGUGAGUGUAAAUGAAAUUCAGAAAUAUUUAUGAAAAAGGAAAUUUAUAUUAUUUUAAGAAAUGGAAUAAUAAUAAUAAUAAUAAACGCUUUGACAAUGAAAUCGUA